GUUGACUUGUACUAUUGUUUUGAGGGUUCAAGGAUGAACGUGAUAUUUUUUGUCUUCUAUUUGAGAGGUUUUAAUUUUUAGAAGAGAAAUUAAUAUUCGAAAGAUGUAUUUUUAUUCUGUGUUUAAUUACGAAAUUUGAUUUAGUGAAUAGUUUUGGACUUUAUUAAUUGACGAAACUUACGAAUUAAGUUGAAAUGGAUACCCCAAUCGAUUAUUCAAUAGAAGUCUCAUCUACGCCGGAAAAAAUACAUUCUCUUUGUUUAGCCGUUGAGAUUUGUGUUGUCUGCGGUGACAGAGCGUCGGGUCGGCAUUACGGUGCUAUCAGCUGUGAAGGAUGUAAAGGUUUCUUUAAACGUUCCAUACGUAAACAACUGGGAUAUCAAUGUAGAGGGAGUAAAAACUGCCAAGUAACUAAACAUCAUCGUAAUAGAUGUCAGUAUUGUAGACUUCAAAAGUGCCUUUCAAUGGGCAUGCGAAGUGAUUCUGUCCAACAUGAGCGUAAGCCGAUGUCUGAAAAGAAAGACUUCUCACUUUUUAUGGGAGGUGAAAGUAACUUCGGAAACUUCGCUAAUAAUCCAAUGAAGAUAUUCAUAAGGAAAGAUCUAUGUUCGGACGCUCAAUCUCAAGCUGCUGCGUUCAAUUUAUCCAACCUCGGCAUGAUGAGUCCUCUUACCUAUAGAAUAAAUUUAGAUGGCGAAAUUGUUAAUCAAACGUCGCCAAGUUUUAACACAGGAGAAGACGAGGAUGGCUCAUCAGAUAGCUUCUUGCCUGAAAACGACGUCAUCGAUGCUAUCUACCUCGAACAAGACAAAUUCCGCAUCAAUUGUGCCUUAGAGACUGUUGCCAAAGCUGUAGUAGAGAGUAUGACGAAUAGAAAUGGUGAUGAUGCUAAUGAUGUAUUAGAGUUGGAAGGACGGCUACUGCAAGAGCAGCAUGUUGCUUUUCCUCUUCAAACUCCUAGCUUGCAUCCAAUGCCACCUUAUAUCAACAUCCAUUACAUCUGUGAGAGCGCGUCUCGAUUGCUAUUUCUGACUGUUCAUUGGGUAAAAAAUAUACCCGCUUUCCAAUUAUUCAGUACAGAGACUCAAGUAGCGUUGAUUAGAGGCUGCUGGACUGAAUUGUUUGUAUUAGGACUCGCUCAAUGCUCUGAUAACCUUUCUCUACCAAUGAUUCUGACUUCCAUUGCAACGCAUCUUCAUUUCUCUGUCACUCAGGAAAAGAUUUCGGCCAAAAGAGUGAAACUGGUUACAGAUCACAUUUGUACUCUUCAGGAUUACAUGAAUGGAAUGCAGUGCUUGAGGGUGGAUGAACAUGAAUACGCUUACUUGAAGCUUAUCAGCCUCUUCAGUGCAGAUCAUAUCACGGAACAUCCAAGCUUGACUGUUCGAAAGCAAGUGAACAAACUCCACGAGAAAGGAUUUCAAGAGUUGCGUUCCUAUGUACAGACCAAUUAUGCUGAUGACAUAGACAAGUUUCCAAAACUGCUAUUGAGGCUUCGUCCCCUCAGGGCCUUGCAGCCUCAUGUCAUGGAAGAAUUAUUUUUCGCUGGUCUCAUUGGAACUAUACAAAUUGAAAGGAUCAUCCCUUACAUCCUGAAAACUGAUUCAUCAGAUUUCAGUUCAUCUGGUUGUUUCAAUUUCAACAGAGCAGCCAUGUCAAUGAAGACAGAGGACUCAUCUCAGCAAUCCGAAGAAACCUCUUUCAAAUCUGAAGACAAAGAUGAUGAACGAAAUUGACAGUGUAUAGAUGUAACUCUUGAUUUGAAAUUGCAAUGUGUAAGUGCUAACUCGAAUUUCUAAUUCUUAUCUAUAAAUUCUAGAAUUUAAGAACCUUAGUAUUAGUUUCAUUGAAUAUGUUUUCGAGGGUUUACACAAUAUUUGUUAAUUAAUUUUUAUCAUUUCUUUUUGCGUGUUUAUGAUACUGUAGUUUCAAUCCUGAAACUACGUUGAACAUUUUUGGGUAACGUGUAUAAUUGAUACACUGUAUUGCUAACUCAAGGAACGUUAGAUAAAUUACAGAUAUCUAACAACGAAUUUUGUAGAUAUAUCUUUAUUAAUAAAUGCUCUAAAAUUGUAAAUCUAGUUCGAGUACAUCACAUAUAUGUGUUAUAAUGUACUUAAUAUUAUAUUAAUGUAAAAUUAUUUCCCUGUUAUUAGAAAACAAAUGUUAUAUAACAGACUUAUUCUAAUUCCGUGAGCUUGCCAAUCUACAUCUAUUUCUACCAAAUGAUUAAUUCCACUUGAAUUUAUACGCACAUGAGUGUAAUAUUAUAUUUUAACGGACAAGGCAAUAACAUGUGCAAUCUAAUAAUUAAUUUAAUUGUGCGAUAUACUUUCUGAUAUUUCACAAGAGUUGUCAUUUGUAUGAUUGUUGAAAAACUUACAGUAUUAAAAAAUUAGUGUUUGGUUGAUUUAUAAUAGUAUAUAAUAAUAUUAUAUGUUCAUACAAUUUUCUAAUGUUCUUUCAAUCUUUGAAUGUUGUUCAGCAUAAUGACAAUAACAGUUAUAGUAUAUAAUAAUAUAUUUAUCAUUAUAUGUUCGUACAAUUUUCUAAUGUUCUUUCACUCUUUGUAUGUUGUUCAGCAUAAUGACAAUAACAGUUUUUGAUACAUAUUUAUAUUGAAAAUUAGUAAGACUAUUUUGAAACUAGUUGUUAAUGAAUUUAACUUUGACACUUAUUUGGUCAUUUAUAUACGAUUACUAGUUUUAUUUGUCGGUAUGCAUUUUUAUGAGUGUUCAUAUUCAAAAAAGUCUGAUGCAUUGUAAAAUUUUCGAACUGUAUUCUUAUAUCCAAUCCAAGUUCAUUUAUGACAAAAUAUGAUUUUUCUGAAGUUUAAAAGCUACUAAGAUCAAAAAAGCUGAACUACUACCAGGCAGCGGAGAUAUCCACUAAUAGAUAUCCUAAAAUUAUAUUGUUUUUAGUAAUUUUGUGAUAAAGUAACAAUCUAAUUGAACUAAAUUAUUGUUCAAUAAAAAGUUACUUCUAUUGAAAGAGCACCAUUAUAAUUUGUGAUUGAAUGGGUGCAUGAUUGAUUUAUGUUUGUUUGUUUGAUUGAUUGGUGCCGUCUGAUGUGACAAUAAAAAAAGGCUGCAGAUUCCAAUUUUUUCAACUUUUUCUAUGAGAUGAUUCUCAUGGUAAAACACUGUAUAUAAUAUUUUUGUAGCUUUGAAAUUAUAGAUCUGAGAAGUAAUAAUAUUUGGUCAGAAAGACAGAAAAUCUACUUUCUCAUUUGUUUUUCAGUUAUAGAUUUGGUUUUCAGGCACUAGUUUACUGUGGGAACACAACUUUCACUAGAACACAUACGGUGGUAGUUCAAUCUCCUCAGUUUUUUUGAUUAACCGAAAAAAUGAAUUACAUACAGUUGAGUGUAGUGACUAGUGAGCAACAAAAAAUAAAAACAAUUAGGAAGAGGGACAAAAGAAAAACAUACAGAAGUAAGUGCUAGAAAGAUAGAAAUAUGAAACAAUGAAGGAAGAGAUAGUAAAUUUAGAUUACAUAAGUAGUCUAUGGCUAACUAAGUUAUUCAAUGAGUUUUAUUUAAUGACCUGAAGAAUAAUUCAAUGAUAUGAAGAUGAGACGCGUUUUUAUGUUAUAUUUUAGUUAUAUGUAAUAUAGUGUUGUUUAUGCAUAAAACGUCAAGUUAGAAUUCAUAAACAUCUCGGAAAUUCCGCAUUUCCUAGGAUAUACAUUCAACUGUAACUAAAUAAAAUAGUAUAUUUACUGAUUUAUUUUUCUUUCAAAUAAGUCAAAACCCCAUUUCACAGAAAGUACAAUUAACAGCUCGAAUUGAAGUAAGGAUGCGUUUAUACAGUGUUAGCCAAUAGUAUGAGUAAGUAACAGUAAGUUAUCAGUAAAAUUGAGAUAGAGAAAGAUAAAAUGAGGGUGAAUGAUAAAGAAAUGAGUGAGUAAGAGAAGAUUAAUGUGAAAGAUUUAUUGUUUGUAUGUAUGUAAGUGUGAAAUAAAAAUGAGCAUUCAAUUGAAAAUAUUAUGUUUAGUUAUUCAUAUAUUAUUAUAUAAUAUUAAAGUUGUUAUUAUAUCGUGAAAAGGGUUUAAUAUUUUUUAUCUGUAACGAAGUUUAUAUGAAAACCGGAUUCUUUUCUUUACUGCCUUGAUACUAAUGAGGGAGAGAGAGAGAGCACGCCAUUGUCAGUGCAGUUUUUUCAGGAAAUCUAUUAUUUUGAUGUAAUGUGAUAAAUCACUAGCGGGAAUCACUAUAGGUGUUUCACACUGUUUAUAAAAAAUUUAAUUUACAAAUUAGAACAUGAAGUAUCAUAAAUUAUUGCCAGAACUCUCUCUCUCUCUCUUCAGUGUUAACAUUACAUUGUGAUAAUUUUAUAUGGAUAAGAAUCUCAUAUUGUCAUCACAGAUAUUGUGAUCUCCAUUUGUUUCUACAAGUAUAGUAAAAAAAAUUGAAAUCAUAAAAGGUGCAAAAUGUGUAGCAUUUUAAAAGUAUCCAUAGAGUUGUACGUGAACUUAAAGACUAGUAGAAGAUCCGUUAUUACAGAAAAUUUUGUAUUGAGAUUUUUUGCUAAGAAAAAUGAAAUAUAGUACAGAUCAUGUGAGUCACAUCUCAUACUUUGGUUCUUUUGUUUUUCACAAAAAAAUUUUAAUCAUGUCAAUGUCAACGUGAAUUCAUUCUAGUUUUCACUUCUAAUGAAAUUAUCAAAAUUUUAUUGAAAAGUUUGAAAUAUAAGUGACAACAUUUCACUCCAUUAAUAGCAUAAAAAAUAUCGUUAACAUGUUUUACGUUCUAGUUAUAUACAGUGUUUUCUUCCCACUGUUUCUUACUAUAUUCACUUUUUAUUGAUUUCUAUAUGUUGUAGUAUUUUCAACACCUUGCUUUAUUUCUAAUUUGAUAAGGCAAAAAAAAAUCCAUUUACUGUAUUUUCAAUAAUAUUACUAUAUCACUUUCCAUCACAAUGGUCACAAGGUUACUAGUUAGAAUCAUAUCACAUAGGUGCAAGACAAUAAUCUUAAAUGUAGUAGGUAACGAUGUUGAAAUCGAUGACAUCAACUAAUAUGUAUGUGAAUUAAAUAUCAAGUUAACUGUAUGAAGAUUUAGAAUUUUAUGGAAAUAUUUUUAGACCACUUCAUCGUGUACUUAGAAAAUUUUACUGUAUAUAAAACAAAUACAGGUUUGAUAAAAUAUAUAUUAUGUGUAGAUAAAUUGUUUCCAAAUCAUUUAUAUACUUGAAUAUUCUGAUGCUGAAACUUUAUCGGUAUUGUUAUUUUCUGGAUACCAAAAAAGAAUUGUUAUUGUUAUUAAUAAUUAUUAUUGUUCAUAGUUGAAGUGUAUUGGGUAUUGUAAUUUGUAAUGAAAUGUGUUGUAAAAUCUGUAAUUUAUACACCUUUGAUCUGUUGUAACGAAUUUGAACCCAACUACAAAGAAUACAGAAAACUUUUGAUAAUAA